UCCUCCCCGUUCUCAUCUAGCGCCACCCCUUCUGUGCGACUCCUAAUUCGAAGUUCGCGGUAGUUCCUUGCGCAGGCGCAGUGGCUUUACUAUGGCGGAGUUGAUUUCUUUCGCGGUUCCCACCCAGAGUGAUAAAGUUUUGUUGGUGUGGGAGCUGAGCGCCGGUCCCCCAGCUGAGGCAUUAAGUCAUUCUCUGGCCGCGGUGUUCUCCCAGUUUGGCCUUCUGUAUUCAGUCCGAGUCUUCCCGAACGCUGCAGUGGCUCGCCCUGGUUUCUAUGCCAUCAUCAAGUUUUACUCAUCGAGGGACGCGCAGAAAGCCCAAAAGGCAUGUGACGGGAAGCCUCUUUUUCAGACUUCGCCCGUGAAGGUUCGUCUCAGCACCAGACAUAAAGCACUGCAGCACCGGACCUUCGCUCUAAACAGCUCACGGUGCCAAGAACUGGCAAACUACUACUUUGGCUUCAAUGGAUGGUCAAAAAGGAUCAUCAGGCUGCAGGAGCUCCCUGGACCGGAGGACGAGGCUCUCACGGGGCCUAUGCAGAGGCGGAGCUUCAAGUUCUUCUGUGCUGUAGAGGUGGUUCUGCCGCCCUACGGGUGCAAGAGCCCUGGAGUCGGCAUCGCUGAGGAGCCUCUGCACCAGCCGGAGGAGGAAGGACAGUCCUCGUUUCUGAUGAAGAGGAAGACUGCACAGAAGCUGGCAAUCCAGAGCGCUUUGGCAGAUGCCUUCCAGAAGCUGGCCAUCGUUGUUCUGGAGAGUGGCAAGGUCGCGGUGGAGUACAGACCCGGUGAAGAGUCCAUCGAUGCCGAAGGUGAAGAAGACCUGCAGAGUUUAAUCCAGGUCAACUGCCUUCAGCCUGGCCAAAGGGAGGAAGAAUGUCUCUCAGAUUUUAGCUUGGAAGAAGACGAACUGAAUCCGUAAGAAUUGCACCAGCUCUACUUACUGUCACAGGCCCUGCCAUUUGACUGUCACAGGCCCUGCCAUCUGACUGUCUGUCACAGGCCCUGCCAUCUGACUUUCUUGGGAAGUAUGUCUGACCAGUGGGCUGCUGACAUCCCCGAACACUUAAGAGUGAGGCCCAAAUCCUGCCCGGCGCCUUGGAAGAGGUCUAGGGGAGGCUAGAGCCCUGUCAUAAUGGUGGGAAAAGGUUCCCUGUGCAGAAUGGAACUGGGCCGCAGCGUAAUAAAGGCUGCCUGUCUCUUGGGUCCACUACUCCUUCAUCAAUGUCUAGGCCAUAACAGGAGUUUACAACCAUUUGUUUUUAUUCCAGGAUACCAGUUUCUUUGGGGAACUAUACCGUGUGUGGUGGUUUGAAAGAAAAUGG